CCCCGCGUCUGGGAUGAGGCGGAAAAGGGGUGAAUUUCAUAGAAUCAUAGAAUGUGCUGAGUUGGAGGGGACCUAUCGGGAUCAACGAGUCCAACUCCUGGCCCUGUGCAGGACACCCCAAGAAUCACACCACGUGCCCGAGAGCAUUGUCUCUAAACGCUUCCUGGAUUCAGAUAACUCGGCGAUGUGGCUACUUCGCUGGGAAACCGGUUCAGUGCUUACCCGUCCUCUGAGAGAAAAAGUCCAAAUUAAUCUAGUUGCUGAGCUGGCAUAAAACUUUUUUUUUUCCUUUUAAGAAAGUAAUCAUUCCUCAAAGCGAGCACUUACUGACCCGUGGGGUUGCGGAACUGGACGGAGAUGCAGCGUUUCAGACGCCGCUCGGCACCUCCUAUCGCUGUGUUUACGGGAAAUCCCCUGACAGAAGCCGGCGGUGUGUGCACACAUUUCCAGUCGGUGAAACACUUGGUUGAGCAAAGGGGUUGCAGGCUGUCUCCAACAGCCUGUGGUUCUUGUUUCUGUGUAAUUCCUCAUACCCGUUCCUCUUUUUGCGACCUCAUUUUAAAGCGAAGCAUGGCCUUUACAGUGGUGAAAGGCAACACAGCACCAUUUCUAUCACUAGUCUGCCAGCGAGAGAAGUUACUUUUGACACAGAAGGCAAACCAGCACAUCGUGAGCCACUGAGGAGAGCUACUCCAAGAGGUCACAUGAAAUCAUACAGUACUACUGAUUGGAACAAAAAUGGACAGUUAAGAAAAGUAUUGAGCGCCUGCAAGGAAAGAGAAAACAGUAUGACACUAAAUAUGAGCUUUCUCAGAAACGUUUUUCUGUAUAAGUGUCUGUUUGCAUUAACUUUUUGGAACCAUGUCAGCCUGUCUGUGGAAGAUGAACUCUUUACAUCUGUUUCUAAAAAUUUUCCAGAAGAUGUUUCUAACCAAAAAAUCACGAGCCUGCCACUCCUGUAUACAAAGAGCCGUCAGUCCGAAACUGAUGGUGAUUGGGUUGUGAUACAAAAUACUACAGAAAGCCUGUCAUUGUCAGAAAUCGAAAACAAAAAUGUAAAAAAGUUGAUAGCUUUAUUAUCUAAUUUCAGACAAGGAUCCAAGUUACGAAAUCUGACACUGACAAAUGUGUCAGUGAACUGGAAUGAUCUCAUGGAAAUGUUUCAGACUGUAUGGCACUCAUCCGUUGAAUACUUCAAUAUUAACAAUGUAACACAGCAGUUAGACAUUGAACGUUAUAACUUUGACUAUUCAGGUACUUCCAUGAAAGCAUUGACAAUGAAGGAAAUUAAAAUCACAGACAUGUACUUUUCACAGGAUAACCUAUACAAAAUAUUUGCAGACAUGAAUAUUAGAGAGAUGACAAUAGCUGAUUCAGAGAUGAUUCAUAUGCUUUGUCCUUCACGUAAGAGUUCCUUUAGAUACUUAAAUUUUUUAAAGAAUGAUUUAACAGAUUUUCUUUUUCAAAAAUGUGACAACCUAGCUCAGCUGGAGACAUUAAUCUUGCAGAAGAAUAAAUUUGAGAGCCUUCGCAAAGUAAGCUUCAUGACGAGCCGUAUGAAAUCCCUGACAUACCUGGACAUGAGCAACAACCUGCUGCGCCACGAUGGAGCUGGCGUGCAGUGCCAGUGGGCCGAGUCUCUGGCAGAGCUGGACCUGUCCUCCAAUCAGUUGGUGGAUGCUGUGUUUGAGUGCUUGCCAGCCAACAUCCAAAAACUCAGCCUACAAAACAAUCACAUCAGCAAUGUCCCCAGCAGGGUGGCGGAGCUGAAAUCCUUGCAGGAGCUGAACCUGGCAUCGAACAGGCUGGCCGACCUGCCGGGCUGCGGCGGCUUCACGUCCCUGCAGUUCCUGAAUGUGGAGAUGAAUUCGAUCCUCACCCCGUCUGCCAACUUCUUCCAGAGCUGCCCGAGGGUCAGGGAGCUGCAGGCCGGGCACAACCCGUUCCAGUGUUCCUGUGAGCUGCAAGCCUUUAUCCAGCUGGAGAGGCGCUCCGGGGGGAAGCUGUUUGGCUGGCCGGCGGCCUACGUGUGCGAGUACCCAGAGGGCUUGCGAGGGACGGAGCUCAAGGACUUCCACCUGAGCCCGCUGGCUUGCAACACGACGCUGCUGCUGGUGACAGCUCUGCUGCUGACCCUGCUGCUGGUGGCUGCGGUGGCCUUCCUGUGCAUCUACCUGGACGUGCCGUGGUACGUGCGGAUGACGUGGCAGUGGACGCAGACGAAGCGCAGAGCUUGGCACAACCCCCCCGCAGAUCAGGAGGCCAUUCUGCAAUUCCACGCAUUCAUUUCCUACAGCGAGCGCGAUUCGCUGUGGGUGAAGAACGAGCUGAUCCCAAACCUGGAGAGGGAGGAGGGCAGCGUGCAACUGUGCCAGCACGAGAGAAACUUUAUCCCCGGCAAGAGCAUUGUGGAGAACAUCAUUAACUGCAUUGAGAAGAGCUACAGGUCCAUCUUUGUGUUGUCUCCCAACUUUGUGCAGAGUGAGUGGUGCCACUAUGAGCUGUACUUUGCCCAUCACAAGUUAUUCAGUGAGAAUUCCAACAGCUUAAUCCUCAUUUUACUGGAGCCCAUCCCUCCGUACCUUAUCCCUGCCAGGUAUCACAAGCUGAAAGCUCUCAUGGCAAAGCGCACCUACAUGGAGUGGCCGAAGGAGAGGAGCAAGCGCCCCCUAUUCUGGGCCAACCUCAGGGCAGCCAUUAGCAUUAACCUGCCAAAAGGUGAUGAAAACUUGUAUGAGGAAACAGAUUAAGCAUCUUUCUAAUGGAGUUUCAUCUGUUUUUUCUUAGUGAAAUAAUAAAUACAAUUUCCAUUCAUUGUAA